AUGGUUAUCUUACGCACCCUCCUCGCUGUCAUCCCAGUGGUCUCCCUCACCACGGGCUACAAGCUCAAGGCGAAAUACGACGCGAGUAACUUCUUCGACGAUAACUCCUUCCGUUUUUACAACGGCUGGGACAAGUUCACCCAAGGCCUCGCUCUCUACGUUUCCAAGGAGGAAGCAACUGAACUUGGGCUUGCGCGUAUCGAGGGUAGCAAGGUACAUCUCGGAGUAGAUACAGCCCAAGUGCUCACUCCACAGGAGCCCGGUGAGGGCUAUGGCCGUAAGAGCCUCCGACUGGAAGGAGUGCAGACAUUCGACAACGGACUCUUCGUCGCCGACUUCGAUCAUCUACCCAGUGGCUGUGGCAUGUGGCCUGCUUUCUGGCUACUCCACGAUACCGCCGACCAGGAGGAAUGGUACUCUGAGUUUGAUAUCAUCGAAGGCGUCUCGAAGAACACAUGGAAUGAGCUCAGCUUGCAUACCGCUCAGACACCGUGCAAGAUGCAGGACAACGGCGGAUCCGGAAAGACGCGCCAAGAUCUUGAGUGUAUGAGCGGUUACGAUUGUGGCGCCGAUGGUCCUGAUGACUCCUUCGGUCAAGCCUUCAACGACCAUCACGGUGGAGUUUGGGCAGCACAGGUCGAGAAUGAUGGCAUCAAAGCGUGGUUCUUCGCUAGAGGUAGUGAGCCACUGGGUUGGGAUGGCGCUAAUCCUGACCCGAGUACAUGGGGUACGCCCGUGAUGAACUCUGCUGGGGACGGUUGUGAUAUACAGAAGACGUUCAAAAAGAUGAAGAUUAUCAUCAACAUCACCUUCUGUGGUAGGUACGCUGGCGGUGAUGCCUGGUCUGGUUAUAGAGGCUGCGCAGCAGAAACCCACGAUGAUUCUUGUAACCACUUCGUUGCAACUAAUCCUAGCAAGCUCAAGGAAGUCUUCUAUCUCAUCAACUCGGUGAGAGUUUAUCAGGACGGCGACGGCGGUGGCUACCAGGAGAGCACCCUUGCACAUACUGCAGCCCAGACGGCCCGCACUCCUUUCGACACCAAAGACCUCUCAACGACGACCACAGAGCUCGUGACGUUGCCUGCAACCAUGACUCAUGGCGCUAACUACGGUCCGUAUGAUCCGCCGGCAUCUGCUACAACUCCAAUCACUCUCGCCUCUUUCUACGGCAAGGGUCUCUCAGCGGUGACUUCAAAUCCUGGUGUGGUUGUUAUGACAACGAUCAUUACAACAACGAAGGUCAUGACUUUGCCUGCGACUCUGACUGGCGGCGAUAACUACAGUCCUUACGACCCAUCGGCAGCGUCCGCGAAACCUAUUGGCACAACGAUUGGCGGCAUAAACUACGUUCCCUACGAUCCGUCGGCAACAUCUACCAAACCUACGGGCACAACGAUGGAGGAUAUUACCAACUACACCACCAUUCAGACUUACUGCACCUCUUCGAAGAAGGCCGCAACUAUUUCCAAUCGCCUCACAGGUUAUUGCAUCAACUGCGACCGAAGCCGCGUCGGCGAAGACGAUUGA